UCAUAGGGUCAGCUUCCAGCAAGUGCAGGGUAUCACUUCCGGUGGGGCCACAUUGCUGGCAGCCGGGGUUCGUCUUUGAGGUGGUAUCGGCUCAGAAAGUCUUAUUCGUUUCAGUGUCUGCAAGAAGAUUUUACAUCUUGGAAGAGCAUCACCGAAGCAUUACUACUCUUCUGAAACAGUCGGUUGUCUGAAGUUUAGCUCGGGUAUUUUGACGGAAAAUGGCGGAGGUUGCCCCCACUGGAGCGGAGAGGAGUCUGGACGACUUUUUUGCAAAGCGCGAUAAAAAGAAGAGAAAAGAAAAAUGCAAAGGCAGAGAGUCGGUAUCUGCGCCCGGGUCGGUGGGUCUGAGAAAGGAUAAGAAAGAAAAGGAGAAAGCGACGAAAAACGAGAGCCAGGACGCCCAGAUGGAGAAGGAGGAUGAGAAGUGGAAGGACUUUGAGCCGAAGGCGGUGGAUUACAGUGGGCUUCGAGUGCAGGCCCUGCAGCUGAGUGAUGAGAAGGAGGAGGAGGCGUAUGAGAAGGAUGAGCUGGGGGAGGAUGGGCAGGUCCAUGUGUUUGGUGGGGACAGGAUUUCAGGGCCCUGGAGGAAGCCUAGUACCGCCCCCGCGGUGGCUGUGCCCGGGGCGGCCGCGCCCGUGGAGGAAGUGGAAGUCGUCGAGCAGAAGCCAGGAGGCGUCUACAGGCCUCCAGGGGCCCGACAGACUGGCCCAAAGCGGGCGGCCGUUCAGGGGCCCCCUGAGAUUUUCAACGAUGCUCAGUUUCCCACACUGCUGUCGACAGCUAAGCACACAGAAACCCGCAAGACAUGUCUGAAGGCCAAGGUGGAUAUCUGAGGUGCAGGGUUGGCCCUCCUUCUGGGCUUCCACAGGCUGGAUUCUGCGUCCCGGGAAUCCCUGCUGCAGGAGAACUCACUUGCUGCUCUAGUUUAUUAACCAGGGCAACACCUUUACCACCUGAGGAGGACACUAGUGAAAGGAGGUUAUAGUCUGCUUUGUGGAAAUUGACUCCUAAAAGUGGCCUUACUGGAAGACACACAGUGCCAUGCGCCGUUAGUGCUCCGGACAGCGGCCUGCUCUCGGAUCCAGCCGUGGCUCAGCACCAUCGAGAGCGUCACCCGGAGCCCAAGACAACAGCUGUCGUCUCGUGUUUUUUUAUUUCCUUAAAAUUGCUGAAGAAUUUGUUGGCUAACAUAAGUUUUAUCCUGCCUUUGAAGUCUUCUCGCCUCACGGACAGUGUCUUAAAAUACGAGCAUUCGCUUCCCUGUCAUGUGUCGUCUUUGCUCACACUACAGCAUGGUUUCCUGGGGUAUUUGGGGCUGGACAUAUGGCAUGUUGGGUGUCAAAACCACCUCAUACAGCCCCCACCCACCCCCACCCACUCAAAGCUGCACUCAAAUGACCCUAGUACCUCUUAUGAAAUGCACUUCUCCUUAGCAGGACCCUGAGGUCAGACAGCACUGUCUGAUGAUAUGCUGGGGGGUGGAACCUGACCUUUUCCCUUCAGUGGCUAUUAAAGCGGAACCCGUCACGCAUUACCUGUGCCAGCCUCGCUAUUGGACGUCUUGGGAAGGGAGUCUACCAUUGGUCCUGAUGCCAAGAUUAAUUUGGUUUUUGGUGCUUCUGCUAACUGACAUCAGUUUGUCAUGAACAACUUAAGGUUUGGUGGAAAUGUUCAAUAAACAGUCUUGGAAUCUUCAU